GCGUCCAAGACAUCCAGGGCUGCACUGCAGCGUUCGACACUUACAACAUUUCCGUUACAUACCUCAACCAGCUCUCUGCUGUGGUGGAUGUGUGAAUGCUUGGUUGUUUCAGCGCAAACAGUUCCGACCCAUUUACGAAUCAUACAUUCCACUUUGUCAAGUACGUUUUCCCCUCCUCUAGGGGUAGUAGGUAGAGGUAGCUUCUUUCCUCUGCUCUUUCUCUUUUCAAAACGUUCCGCCAACCACCUAAUACCGGAUGAACUCCCACGUCAAGAAACAAGGAUAUCAAGGUACCUUUCGCCUAGUACUUACUUUUACCCCGCGGUACGCCAUCUCGAACGAUCUGACACACGACAACAAGCGACCAGCGCCCAGCAUUCAAGAACUACAACAACAACAACAACAACAACAACAAUAACAUCCAGCAUCUGGUGGUUAACGGCGAUGCUGCCCACUUAAUCUUCCAGAGCGCCGGCAAUUGCACAAGGGAACCAUCUUCGUCUUGUCCCGCUGGACCUUUGGCAUUUUUCUAGGCGCCUUCGUAUAUCGAUACCUCUGCUUUCCCGUCUAGCUUUCGAACGCUGUCAACGUCUAGUCACAGAGUUUCGCAUAGACAAAAAGAACACGAAACGCCGGCCGUAUCGAGCAAGCGUUCACGCUAGUCGCCAAAACAUUGGGCUCUACAAUCCGAGUCAUCAGCUUCCACUUCACGGAUUUCUUCCCGUCGCGCUUUUCAACAUUCUCUCGGCUCCAUACCCCACACGGACCCGAUCUUGUUUUCGCAUCGACAUUUCCCGGCGCAUUAUCACAUCCGUAGCAGGGCACCCAACACCGACGCCCACUUCCAUUUUACUACAUCUUGGGUCGACCGGCGACCAGCCCGGGUUUCCAUACUGCGAAUCACAACAGAAAAGCGGACCCCUCCUCCAUUCCUGGGCCUGGAUUGGGAAUGGGAUACAUCACGCUACUACCCCGUCGAUAUUCACCCACCCUAUAUAAGGUCUCUAGGCAAGAACCCUUGAAUCGCCAGCUAGCCAGCUUCGGCUCUCUCACAGAAUCUCCAGGCCCCCGGGCCCCUUCGUACACCUAUCUGCCUACCGGCGGCAACCCCAAAAUUUCGGACAUAUUGACCUCUGCGGAGAGAGGGUAAACAAAAGUGGGGGGAGUUUUUGACUGGAUCGGUAAAGCCUCCCGGACCGGGGCCGCAGGCAUGGCGCCGAACCCGCCGGGCUCCUUCUCCACCGAGCGCUCGUAUCAUGGCGGGAACGGCAAGGCAGCAGCAGUCGUGGCUACCAAAGUGCCGGGGACACCGCGUCGGGAGGCUGGCGGCCAUGGCCGAGAAAAGGCGGUCCAAGAUCCGGGCCUAAAGGACUAUCGACUCGGUGAUUGCAUCGGGAAAGGAGCCUUUGGAUCGGUCUACAAGGCCUUCAACUGGGGAACCGGCGAGGCCGUGGCCGUCAAGCAAAUCAAGCUCGUUGAUGUACCAAAAAGCGAGCUUCGGAUGAUCGAGGCCGAAAUCGAUCUCUUGAAAAAUCUUCAUCAUGACAAUAUUGUCAAGUACAUAGGUUUCGUGAAAACGGCGGAUUGCCUGAACAUCAUCCUCGAGUACUGCGAAAAUGGCUCGCUGCAUUCGAUAUGUAAAGCCUAUGGCAAGUUCCCAGAAAAUCUUGUCGGUGUGUACAUGACCCAGGUCCUUCAGGGGCUGCAGUAUCUGCACGACCAGGGUGUCAUCCAUCGAGAUAUCAAAGGUGCCAAUAUUUUGACUACCAAGGAUGGCACCGUCAAGUUAGCAGACUUUGGCGUGUCAACCAGCACCCUAGCAGGCCCAGAUAAGGAGGCGCAAGUGGUAGGGACUCCUUACUGGAUGGCCCCUGAGAUCAUUCAACUGUCCGGCGCGACCUCUGCCUCGGAUAUCUGGAGCGUCGGAUGUACGGUUAUUGAGCUUUUACAAGGAAAGCCUCCAUAUCAUCACCUGGCUGCGAUGCCGGCUCUUUUUGCUAUUGUUAACGAUGACCACCCACCGCUUCCAGAAGGAGUCUCGCCGGCUGCUCGUGACUUCUUAAUGCAGUGUUUUCAAAAGGACCCCAACCUUAGAGUAUCGGCGAAAAAGCUUUUAAGACAUUCGUGGAUUCAAGGCUGCCGGAGGAGUGAUGCGCCGAUAUCGAAAGCACCAUCGAACUUUAUUCAGGCCGUCGAGGAAGUCAAGCAGUGGAACAAGGCGCUCAAGUCAUCGGAAGCCACCCCUAGAACAUCGAUUGGUUCAGAUCACGGAAAUCCUUCCACGCAGAAUAGAAAUGCUUCUGGCCAACAUCGUCCAAAUCUCUCUAUUUCGACAAAGGUGCCCCCACAGCAAGCGAAGCCGAAGGCGAAUGCAGAGGUCUUUAGGUCUCCUGCGGUAGAAGCUGAUGAUGAUAACUGGGACAAUGACUUUGCCACUGCAAUUUCACCUAGUGCGCUUCACCUCCCUCACAUCAAAGGCCAGGAUAAUUUUGGAGGACUACUUUCCAGCGAUCGGCUCAAAGCGUUUGCGUCCAUUGACAGCUCGCGGGAAGAUACGGAGAAUUGGGACGAAGACUUUGGCGGAGAAUUUGAGCAGACGAUUCGUCCCUUGCCGAAACGGUCAGAUAGGGUGUCCGAUUCCAAGUCUUCUCAGCAAGGACAUAGGCGGCAAAGGAGCAGCAAAACCACGAUUUCAAGCGCCUCCCAGACUAAGUCGCCUGUGAGGACGCAGUUCGGAAACAAGUUUGAACUUCCACCCCGUCCUGAAUCAAUCUAUCGUGAGCAGUCUACCGAGGAUUACUCUGAUCUCUUUGGCGAUACGGACUCUGUCUUCAGUAGCCGGCUUAAUGUUGCUGUCAAGGACGCCCCGCAACUAUUUCACCCUUCUGAUCUCACUAGUUUACCGCGCUCUACGGCAUCACCUGUCAAUGGCAGCAGCGGGCGGAGACAGUCAGCUUCCGCGCGGUCACCAUCAGCCCCUGAGAAGCCCGCCGUCCGAAGGACAAGGAUGACAGUAGAGAUCACAAAGUUUGCUGAAGACGAGGGUGAUGAGGACUUUUCGGACAUUUUCGGGGCCGAACCGGAAAGCUUCACAAAGCCGCCCAAGAGCGAUGAGGGAUCAGAAGAUGGCCAUCAACUCAUGCUCCUUUCCAAGUUGUCCAACAAUUCUUGGCUUGGGGACGACGAAGAUGAAGACGACCCCUUUGCGAUGAUGGAUCCAGGCUGGGAUGAGAUGGAUCUCGAGGCCAAUAUUGCUCGUGAUAGACAUGCUAGGUUGGCCGAGAAGGUGGAAGAGAGGGUCAAAUCUUUGAAGCCGACGGAGAGUGAGGAUAUACUUGCUGAUCUGGCUGAAGACUUGCUCAAUCUUCUAUGGGAAAACAGCGAGGUCAAGGAUCUCAUCAUCAGUGCACAUGGGUUGCUACCGAUCCUGGAGAUCUUGGAGCCCUGCACAGUGAAGAGUCGUCAGCACAUGAUCUUGCAGCUGCUGAAGAUCGUCAAUGCGAUCAUAUUGGAUGACGUCGAGCUGCAAGAGAACUUGUGUUUCGUUGGUGGUAUCCCUAUCAUCACCAAGUUCGCUGCUCGGCAGUAUUCGAACGAAAUCCGCUUGGAGGCCGCAGCCUUUGUUCGGCAAAUGUACCAGACUUCUACCUUGACGCUGCAAAUGUUCGUCAGUGCAGGCGGUCUCAAUGUCUUGGUAGAGUUUCUGGAUGAAGACUAUGACAUGUCGCCAGACCUUGUUCUUAUCGGCGUGAAUGGCAUUUGGAACGUCUUUGAGCUUCAGGGCCCAACCCCAAAGAACGACUUUUGCCGCAUAUUCUCGCGAAGCAAAAUCUUGGACCCAUUAGCUGCAGUGCUGCACAAGGUCUUGGAUGAAGAUGAUAGGGAUGAGCUGUCCGAGCUGAUUGAAGCUCGCAUCGUCAACAUUUUUUAUCUCUUCUCGCAAGCUGAGAACUAUGUGAAGGAAGUCGUUGCCGAGCGCUUUGUACUCAAAACUGUCCUAAAGGACCUCAGGCGGAUGACACCUGCUCACCAAAUCACUAUGCUCAAGUUCAUCAAAAACUUAUCCAUGCUGUCAACCACGUUAGAGUCAUUACAUUCCGCUGAUGCCAUUGACUACUUGAUCGACGUUUUGAGCAACUCGAUGAAGAGAGGGCAGCAGCAUUUCCGCGAGAUCUCCAAUCAAGUGCUCAACACCAUGUUCAACCUAUGCCGACUCAGCAAGGAGCGUCAGGAAUACGCUGCCAGCAAUGGUAUCAUUCCACUGUUGCUCAAGAUCAUGAAGACUGAUCGGCCGCCCAAGGAAUUCGUCCUCCCUAUUCUCUGCGACAUGGCGCACUCGGGCAGCAAGGGCCGAAGAUAUUUGUGGCAGAACAAUGGGCUGGAAUUCUACGUUUCGCUCUUGGCAGAUCAGUAUUGGCAAGUCACCGCGCUGGAUGCUAUCUUUGUCUGGCUAGAAAAGGAGACGGCCAAGGUUGAACACCAUUUGCUCGACGGCAACUUUACCACGGCGAUCACGUCUUGCUUCAACACUAACAAGGCAAAUGCUUUCGACGCCAACCUUCUCGAACCGCUUCUGAAGCUUGUACGACUUAGUCCCUCUGUGGCAGCAUCACUUGCCAAGGUGGAGAUGUAUGCUGGUAUCGCCCAGAAACUGAGCCACAAGAAGGCCGUUGUGCGCCUCAACUUGCUCCGUCUCGUGCGCAGUAUCAUGGACGGCUGCGAAGUCAACAACACUCCCAUGGCGACCCUAGCCACUUCGACUGCGGGCCGUGCGCUGCGUGUUCUCUUUGACGAUAUACAAAUACUGGCAGAUAAGGAUCCAGCAGUAUUGGUGCGUAACUUGGCAUCGGAGAUCGUUAGAAGCCACAUCGACAUCGACCUACAACACGACGUAGCAGCCUUGGGCGCACUAAAUAUGGGCGCUGGGCCCUCGGCCAUCCCCAAUCCGCUCAACAACCUGAGUUCUGGACCACGCUCGCGGUCUGGCCCCCGGCGCAAUACUAGUUAUACACCGCCAGGCUUACAUGCCAGCAUGUCCAUGCCGCCCACACCCACGCACGGUCACCGAGCCUCGCAUUCGUCUUCGGCCGCAUACAUCGAAGUAGCAUCAACGCCGAAACGCUCCGGAAUCUCCCUAGCCCAGGAGCGCGAAGCAAUGUAUCGGCCGCACAGCAGAGACGGCGGCGUCCCGCUGAUCAAUAUCCCACGCCGAGUUAGCCAAGACACCUCAGCGGGCAUUCCUUCGUUGUCCUCAUCCAUGGGCUCGGCCGGUGGCCUAGGGACGCCCUCAAGGAUGCGACUGCCCCGCAUGUCCAUGACGCAGUAUAGUUCUCCUAGACCGAGUCUAUCAUCUGCCGCCACGGCGCCCGGAGCGGUCUCAGCGACGGGCAUGGGGAUAGGUAACUCAAGCAUAGCGAGCAGUCGUGCCGAGCGUGAGCGAGAGCGAAGCGAAAGUUCACUGAGUAACCAUAACAAGGAGAACUACGGGCGGAUAAGGUCCGGAUCAUCAGUUGCGGGUCCCGAGGCGAGGAUUCUCGGAGGAGGAGGGCUGUACUCGGUCUCGCCGACAGGGAGUGCAGUGAGCUUGUCCAGCAGUUUUCAAGGUAGUGGAGGAGGAGGAAGUGAGGGGUUCUCACGCAGCUACGGAGCGAGGGAAUCAUCGUUCUCCGUUAUGGGUGGUAGUGCGGGCGCCGGAAACGCUAAGCGCAGAAGUCGAGCACCUAGUUCGGACAUGAGGUGGUCGUAGGACGGUCAUCCUCUGUUGCCGAAUAGUAAGCAGACAACUGUUAUUGGUGAUGGCUCUGAGUCUGGUGAUAACGAAAGGCAGCGUCUUGGUAGUGCUCGUGGGACUGGGAGCGAGGCGGGAGUUUCUACUUCUUCGUCUACGGCGCCGAGUACACCUACUAGUAGCGGUGGCAGGAUUAUGGGUGGGAAGAGUGAAGUUCCGCUUAGUGCUUGCGGGAAAAAGACUGCUGGUGGCAAUAUCGCUUCUGGUAGUAGUAGAGAGGGCGUUGUUCGUCCUAGUUCUUCUGGCGCUGGCAGUAGUGGUGGUGAUGGUGGUCUUCAGCAUGGUCAUGUUAGACAACCCAGACGGGGGCUAUUAUUGUCUGGUCGAACGAAUUCGUAUCCUGUUCCUGCUUCGGCGGUUAGAGAUGAUAGGAGAAGAAGAUAAAAUAGUGUUAUGGAUAAAAGAACGAUCAUGACCACUCACUGAAAUAAAAGGGGGAAAGAGGAAGAGGACGGACGGAAGGAGGCGUUACUUUGCUCAUUUUUAUUGUGCAGGAUAUCUUUACAGGGCAUGUAUUUCAUCCAAGAUCGUUAGAAGACCUUCACAAGAAGUAGAAGUAUCCGUGUUUGGGAAUUGGUGAAUAUAUCAUCAUGGGAGC